UGUAAAAUAGUCGAGUAAACUUUACGAACUAUGUACAUACUAAAAGGAAUCAUUUCAUCUGAUUUGGGCCAGCUCUAUCAUAUGUAAUUAAAUGUCAAAAAAUUAAACAUAACCUCAAAUUUAAUUUGAAAAAAGUGAAAUAAUAAAAUAAUUUAAGAUGAAUUUAAAUAUAUCUGGUGUUGCAAAAUAUGUAUGGAAAUCCCAAACAGUCGCUGGAUUCGGGUUUCAACAAGUAAGAAAUAAAUGGGCGAACUGGCUUAUGAUACGAGAUGUGAAAAGGCGACGAAUGAGCGCAGAGAACUUUCUCGAGAGAACCAGAAUCAACGCGAUGCGAAAGAAUGAUGUCCUGCCUUUGGAGAUCAGGGAACUGGCUGACAAAGAUAUAAAUAAGUUUGAGAUGAACGCUAUCCCACUCAGAAUAAACAACAGAUGCGUUGUUACAUCAAGGCCCAGAGGUAUUGUAAAGGAGUGGCGAAUGAGUCGUAUAGUGUGGAGACAUCUGGCAGACUACAACAAGUUGUCUGGAGUACAGCGAGCCAUGUGGGGAUAGAGCAUGUCUUAUUAGUUUAUGCAGUGUAGUCUUAAAUAAAUAUUGUUAACUCAA